UCCUUCCAAGUGCUGGGGUUAAAGGUGUUGCCACGAAGCCGGGCAUGGAAUUUUUAUAUCAAGAAAUUGUGUGUGUUUUAUACAUAUAUAAUUGGUAAUGCAAUUGGCCUUAUGGAUUCUUGGAUCCCACAGCUUUGGAAUAAACUGACCAUUGGCUAAACAUAUUCAGAAAAAGGCUCGGAGAGAUGGUUCACCAGGUAUAGCACUUGCGGUGCAUUAUGUGGUAAAAAAUUUUCUCCCCUUCUCCCCAGAGAAAGGGUUUCUCUGUGUAGUUUUACCUGUCCUGGAACUCACUCUGUAGACCAGGCUGGCAUCAAAUUUAGAGAUCCACCUAGCCUGCCUCCCAAGUACUGGGAUCAAGGGCAGUAGAUUUUACUGCCCCUAAAAGGAUCAGACUUCUAUUCCUAGGAACCCAUAUAGAACCCAGUGGGAAAGGUGCCAGCCUGUAAUCUCAGUAUGCAGGAGGUAUAGAUAGGAGAUCUCUGGGGCAAGCUGAUUAGCCAGACUAGCAGCAGUGGGGAGCUCCAGGGUCAGCAAUAGACUUUGCCUCAAUAUAGAAGGUGGAUAGUGAUUGACCAAGUCACUCAGUGCCAACCAAAGGCUCCACAUGCUCACAUGUGGAUGAGCAUUCAUAGAAAUAUGUGCCCUUGAACACCCAAAUGUGCCUACAUACAUGCAUACAUGCACACACAACACACAUAUAUGUAUGUUAAAAAAGGAAAAUAUUUAGGGGCUGGAGAGAUGGUUCAGCAGCCAAGAGCACUUGAUGCUCCUCCAAAGGACCCCAGUUCAGUUCCCAGCGCAGAUGAUGCUGUCAGAAUGCACAGGGCUCAAGCGACUGCCCUUCUGAACCCCUGUGUCAAAAUUAGUCUCUCCUCCAUUAAGUCGUUUAUGUCAGGUACUUUUUUCAUAGCAACUUAAAAACAGUUACAAUAGCCUUUUAAUUAUUCUAGAGACAGCUUAAAUGUUACCAGGAGUGGUCAUAUACAGAUUUUUAUAUCUAUUCAGAGCCUGGAACACCGAACUAAAUAGAUGUAUGACUAUAUGGUUGGAAAAUGUUAUCUAUAAUAUUUAAUAUUGAGGUAAAAUACAUAGCAUGUGCUCUGCCUUCAACAGAGAAUAGAUCCAAACCUUCCUUGCAGAUCUGUAGUUCCCUCAUCUGUGCACAGGAAACACUAAGGUGAUUGCCUAAAAAUGCCCUUCUCUCUCCCUCUCUACAGAACUUUCUCUGGGAGAGCACUGUUCACUCUCUGGGUCUCGGAGUGUUUGCGAUAAUUCAUAGGUAGAAUCAUGUGUGUGUGAGGUCUUGACUGACAUAUAGUUCGGCAUCCUCAAGAUUUAUCAAAUUAUUGCAUGUUGUAGAAUUUCUUUUCCUUUAAGGCUGGUACUAGUCCACAGUAAGAUGUCACAUUUUUCUCAUUCUGUUAACAGAUAUUUAGAUUGUUUCUACAUUUUGGCCUUUGUGAAUAGUCUGCCAUGAACCAACAUGGGCUACAGUUUUGACCGGGCUAGCAAGGAUGUGGUUAAAAAGCUUCAAGGAAGAGAUCUGAGGCCUGUGGAAUGCUUGUCCGAUGCAACCAAAUUCCGCCUAUUUCACAUACUCCAGGAGACUCCUCGAUCAGGUUGGGAAACUGAAGAUAUUCCAGUUGGAUUUACCCUUCUGGAUCUCUUGGAGCCCAACUUUCCUGUUCCAGAGCCUGAAGUGUCUGCUCCCAAGCCCUUCAUACAUGUCCAAUCAACGGACCUGGAGGCUAACUUGAAUGUCGCAGACAUUGCAAGAGGAGGUGUAGGGUAUGUUGGGUACGGUGGAUACAACAUCGAGGUUCAGAGUACAAGCAUCCCAAAUCCAAAACUGGAAAUUCUUCAAAACAGGAAACUGUUGGAUAAUUUGCCCACAUUUAUGAAGUUUUGCCGGAUGGAAAGGAAGAACCUGUAUGUGGUGACAGAGGCCUAUGAAGUGUCCAAGGAUACUAUGCUGACAGGCUUAAGCAGUGUCAAUCUUUCAGUUAAAGGGUUCUUCAAACAGCUUUUCAAGGUUCGAGGCAAGGCGGGAAGGUCGGAAAAGUAUUCAAUACCUAUCCCAAAGGGUUCGGUGUUGGCCUAUAAGAAGCAGCAACUUGUCAUUGAGAAUAACACUUGUGUCAUUCUCCCUUCUGCUACUAAGAAGAAGAUGACUUUUCCAGGCACACCUAAGUACGCUUCUGCUUCCGAACCCACUGAGAUUUAUAGAACAGAAUUGCAAGGCUUGUGGAUAAAUGACAUCGUUCCAAUUGGAAGAAUACAGGAGCCCGCCCAUCUAGAUUUCAUGUGCCUACAAAAUGAAGUUUACAAACAAACAGAGCAACUGGCUGAACUCUCAAAGGGUGUUCAAGAAGUUGUGUUGUCCAGUAUCCUGUCCAUGCUCUAUGAAGGUGACAGGAAAGUUCUGUAUGACCUGAUGAACAUGCUGGAGUUGAAUCAGUUGGGGCAUAUGGAUGGCCCAGGUGGCAAAAUCCUGGAUGAGCUGCGAAAGGAUUCUAGCAACCCAUGUGUUGACCUAAAGGACCUCAUUCUUUAUCUCCUUCAAGCUCUGAUGGUGCUGAGCGAUAGCCAACUCAAUCUGCUGGCCCAGUCUGUGGAGAUGGGGAUCCUCCCGCACCAAGUAGAGCUGGUAAAGAGCAUCUUACAGCCAAACUUCAAGUAUCCCUGGAACAUUCCCUUCACACUCCAGCCUCAGCUUCUUGCCCCACUCCAGGGUGAGGGCUUGGCCAUUACUUAUGAAUUGCUGGAGGAGUGUGGUCUGAAGAUGGAGCUGAAUAAUCCCAGGUCAACUUGGGAUUUGGAAGCCAAAAUGCCCCUGUCUGCUCUCUAUGGAAGCCUGUCAUUUUUACAGCAACUUCGGAAGGCUAACUCUUCCUCCAAGCCCAGCCUACGUCCUGGAUACAUUUGAUAUAUUGCACCAUGCAUGUUUUAGGCCAGUGGGAAUAAAGAUGCUAUGGCUCCUUUUUUUUUCUUUUUUACGUAUUAUUGAUUCACAAUUAUACAAAUAAUAUACUUGGAUCAGAUUCUACCUACCCUCCAUUGUUUCUUUUAAUCCACCCCUUCCAAGUUCCUUUUUCCUCAACAACUUCUCAUUCAUCAUUUGUCUGUUUGUUUGAUGCUAUGCUACGUUUAAUUAGGGUUGUUUGCAUAAGUGUGUGAUUAUUCAUUUGAGCAAGGGUAGCCUUCCAGAGGCUACCUCCUGCCAGCAGCAUUGAGAGCCUGUAGGUGUUUUAGGGAGGGUGAGGUUCUCCUCCAUUCUUGUGGAAUGUUGGUGGGCUCGGGCUUGCUUGGUCUUGUGCGGGUACCCAUUGCCACUUUGAGUUUAUGGGUUUAGCUAUUCCAUAUCCUUACCACGUCUAGGAAACAGGAUGUUGUUAUCUGUCAAAAAUACUUAAAUGGUAUGUUAAAUAAAGAUUUACACAUUUUCUCUAUAUAAAAGGAUAUAUAUUUUACUUUUA